AUGAAACUGAAGGCCGAGCUGAAGCGCGCGCAGGACAAGGCACGCGCUGCCGAAGAGGACCUCCAGCGGAAGGAGUGGGAAUGGACCAAGCUUCGCUUGGAGAAGGAGAGCGAGAUGAACAGGAAGGAGUGGGAGCUGCGCAAGGAGAGGGAGAAGGCACAGAUCCUGAUGCGCCCGUCCGCAGGCAUGGCUUCGCCCACGUCCGCGCUCGCGGCCAACCCGGCCGAAGUCAAAGAGCUCAAGGCCACCAAAGAGGCGCUGGAGAAGCGGGUGAGCGAACUCGAGAAGACCAAGCUGACGCUGAGUGAAGAGCUGGCCGAGGAGCAGCUCAACGCCAAGACCACCAAGACGCAACUCGAAAAUCGGAUCCACAAGGCGACACAGGCCGAGGAGACGCUCAAGGCCGAGAACGAGGCGCUUACGAAGCAGGCGGAGUUGCUCACGAGGCAGCUUAGCGAAGUGCACGACGAAGCGGAGACCGUCAUUCGACUCAAGGACGAGCUGGCCAAGGCGCAGGAACGUCUGCAGGUGCUUUCCAGCGCUUCAGAAUUCAACGCCGAGACUGCGUCCCUCAUGGAGGCCAUGCAAGAGGAGAUCGGCCGCAUGGUCGAGUUAGAGAACAAAUGCAAGGCGGUGGAGGCCGAAAACAAGCAGCUGCGCCAGCGGAUGCAGAACUCACAGAUCCUCCAGGACGAAAUCGAACGACUCACUGCCAAGUACGAGCGAGCGAGGAGGGAUCUGGAGGCGCAGUCGCAGCUUCAGAGCUACUUCGGGGAUCUGAAGCAGUUCGAGUCCGCGGCUCACAUUGCCGGCAUUGUCGAGGACCUGCAAAGGAAGAACGAAAGCCUGGUCGAGAAAUGCGGUCAACUGACGGCCGACGCGAAGCGGGCGCAGAACGUCGCCAGGACGCACGAGGUCCGCGCUGCGGACGCCCGCAAGGAGGCGGAAAAGUACCGCCGCGAGCUGGACACCGUAACGGAAAAGAACGCGAGGCAAGAGCUGGAGCUCAACAUCCUCCGCAAGGACAAGAUCAGCUAUCGCGACCUUCUCGAAACGUACGACCGGGACAUCCAAGACAAGGACUAUGACAAGGCCAAGGAUGAGCGGAUCGCCACUCUCGAGGACCAGCUGCAGCGACAGGAGGAAUUCGUGGCCAAGCUGCAGGGCGAACUCGACCGCAGCAAGGCAAUGAUCCUCUCCCUCUCCAACGCUCAGCCUCAGCAGCCAGCGACGCCUACGGAGAAGCAAGAGGAAGACGAUGGCGCGGUGGCGGCUUCGCUGAAGAGCGAGAACGAAGCGCUCCGUCAGGCCAACGAGAAGCUGGCGGCCGAGAUCGCCAAGCUCGGCGGUGAGCUGGCCACCUACGAACUGCGACUGGGCAAGGGCGACUACAACCCCGCCACCACCAAGGAAUUGCUGCGGGAGGAGAACAACGCGCUGCGGGACCAGCUGUUCGAGAUCAAGCGCGAGCUGAAGGAAGGCGGCAGCACGGCGAGGAUGGAACUGGAGGACGAGGACGAGGAAGAGGAAGACGAGAACCAACAACCCAAGCCCAGCAACCCCCGGCUCAGUGCCGCCGAAGCCCUCCGGCUUAAGAUCCUCCAAGAGGAGAAUGAGGUGUUGAAGCAGCAGGCCAAGGACAACGAGGUGACCAACAAGCGGCUGAUGAAGAUCUUCAAGGACAAGACGCGCGAGUUCCGAGAGACGGUGAACCAGCUGUUCGGCUGGCGCGUGGACUACACCGAGGAGCGGUCGGUCAAGCGCUACCGGCUCAAGUCCAUGUACGCCGAGAAGGAGGUCGACGAGCUCGUCUUCCAGAAGACCGCCAAGAGCAGCGGUCUCGAGCUGAUGGCCACCGACUUCUCCUGUACGCUGGACGUGGAGGUGCAGGCGUUCCUCAGCCGAUGCCACUCGAUACCGGCCUUCCUGGCCAACCUCACCCUCUCCCUCUUCGACAAGCAGACCUUCCAGGGACCUUCCAGUCUCACUACAUCUACGCAACACAUCCCCAUGUCGAUCAACACCAACACCAACACAACUGAGAAGGUGUGGCUCAUCACGGGCUGCUCGACCGGCUUCGGUAAGGAGCUGACGCUGGCCGCACUCAAGCGCGGCGACAAGGUGAUCGCCACCGCGCGCACGCCGGCCAAGCUCUCAGCGCUUGUGGAGGCCGGCGCGCACCCGCUGCAGUUGGACGUCACCCGCCCGCUCGCUGAGCUCCAGUCUCUGGCCGACCAGGCCGUCGCCGUCUACGGCCGCAUCGACGUGCUGGUCAACAACGCCGCCUACGUGCUCCAGGGCGUCAUCGAAGCCGCCAGCCCUGAGGAGACAUACGCGCAGUUCAACACGAACGUUUUUGGGCUGCUUAACGUGACCCGGGCCUUUCUGCCACACAUGCGCGCCCGCCGGAGCGGCGUGAUCGCACUCAUCGGCAGCAUGGCCGGCCGCGGUGGCGCUCCCGGCUGGCCCCGCUGGGCAUCGCCGUCACCAUCAUCGAGCCCGGCUACUUCCGCACGGCCGCUGCUCAACCAGGGCACCAACACAUUCAUCGCCGCGCAGCACAUCGCCGACUACGACAAGACGCCGGCGGCCGCAGCCAUAGCCCACCAUGCGGCGGUCGAUGGCAAGCAGCCGGGCGACCCGGUCAAGGCCGCUCAGCUCAUCGUCGACGUGCUCACGCUGUCGGGCUCGGCCAAGGGCCGCAGUCAGGUGCCGGUGCGGCUGGCCCUCGGCCAGGACGCCUACGAGGGCAUCAAGGCCAAGUGCGAGUCGCAGCUCAAGGAGCUCGAAGAGUGGAAGGACCUCUCGCUGGGCACCGAACAUGACGACGUCGUCACCACCCAACAAUAA